UUUUAUGAACAAAAUUGUAAUAGGAUUCUAAAUUCGUUGGAUGCGUUUAAUAAAACCUAAAAAAAUAGUUUAAAAGUUUCAUUUUCAGUGAAAAAGGUCAAUUUAUCGAUUAUUAUAACAGUAUAUUUUGCUUAAUGUGGUACAUGAGAUAAUCUUAUUAAAGUUUUCACGAUAAUUAAUGAUAUUCCUUUAGGUGGUAAGAUCUGCGUCUAUCUCAAACAUGGCCGAUCAGUAAUGAAACCGUGGUCAGUGUUAUUUUACUAAGUUCAAAGUUAUGCAGAAAAUGGAGCUGCGAGUUGGAAAUAAGUAUCGAUUGGGCCGUAAAAUUGGGUCUGGAUCCUUUGGAGACAUUUAUCUUGGCACAAACAUUGUAACCAGAGAGGAGGUAGCAAUAAAAUUAGAAUGUAUAAAGACAAGACAUCCACAGUUACACAUAGAGAGUAAAUUUUAUAAACUUAUGAGAGGAGGCAUUGGUAUUCCUGCAAUAAAAUGGUGUGGCUCAGAAGGAGAUUACAAUGUGAUGGUGAUGGAACUAUUAGGCCCAUCUUUAGAAGAUCUUUUUAACUUCUGUUCACGCCGUUUCUCCCUGAAGACAGUUCUGCUACUUGCUGAUCAACUUAUUACUCGCAUAGAAGACAUCCACUAUAGGAAUUUUAUUCAUAGAGACAUCAAACCUGACAACUUUUUAAUGGGACUUGGUAAAAAGGGCAACUUAGUUUACAUAAUAGAUUUCGGCUUAGCAAAGAGAUACAAAGAUCCACGCACCAACCAACAUAUACCGUACAGAGAAAACAAAAACUUGACAGGAACGGCUAGAUACGCGUCGAUAAAUACCCAUCUCGGUAUAGAGCAGUCCCGGCGUGAUGACCUGGAAUCCCUGGGUUACGUUCUAAUGUACUUCAAUCGCGGCAGCCUUCCCUGGCAGGGUCUGAAGGCGGCCACGAAACGGCAAAAGUACGAGAGGAUAUCCGAGAAGAAGCUGUCUACGCCCUUCGACGAGCUUUGCAAAAACCAUCCGGUGGAAUUUCAACUGUACUUGAAGUACUGUCGGCGGCUGCGGUUCGAAGAGCGACCGGAUUAUGGGCACCUGCGACAGCUCUUCCGUACAUUGUUCCAUCGGCAAGGGUUCACCUAUGAUUAUGUCUUUGACUGGAAUAUGCUCAAAUUCGGUGCGCCAGGAGUUGGCAACACUCGCACUAACCAGCCUCCAAAAGCUCAUCGUGAUCAGAACCAAAAACAAGAAACCAGUGCGGCUGGCCCUGCCGCUCCGCAGCCGAGCACUACGGUGGCAGCGAUUUCAGAGUGGCGGUGAGGAAGCUCGCACAAACGGCCGCGUAACACCUAGGCGACAUUCCUAUUAUCGGACGACCGAUCGGAACGCGACAGUCGCACGUUAUAACACACGUUAAACGGUGCUAAUUCUGAUGUAAUCAAUAUCUAUUGAUUUUUCCUAUACAAAACAUUGGUACUAAUCAUGUUUAGUGCUUUUGUAGAAAAUAAAUAGGUACCUGUUUAAAUUACAUCAGAAUUACCACUAAUUAAUACAGCAAUUGCGACUAGUCGUAAAUAACGCGACCGCGACUUGUAUCCGCAAGUAGGAAGGGGCAACAUAUCACCACUGACGUCCCUCUGACAGAAUGUACGUUCAUAGAUUUUGUACUUGUAAAUUAUUGAAUUCAUAGGCUAAUGGCGGGCUGCCACGUAAUAUUGUACUUUAUGCUCAGUUAUAUUUAGAUGUUUUAUUAUAAGUUGUAAUGCAUUUAUUUUUGAUGGCCUACGAUGUGUGUGCAAUAUGGAUAUUCGUCUUCCAUGUGUUUGUUUUUGAACUCGUGUGAGUUGAUAUUGAAUAAGCUCAAAAAUAAAAAAUUGCUGACAAUAUGACGCGUCUUAUAACAAGUGUUAGGACAAAUGGCAUUCAAAAUUGAAAUACGCAAAUCAUUUUGUUGCGAUUAUUUCUUACCAAGUUUGCUUUAUAUCAUUUUACUGUUAGAAUAUGGCGUCUUUGUAAGAGCAACUUACGCCUGCCUAACAUUAUUUUACCGUUAGUUAGUUAAUAGUUAGUUAUUCAUACAACAUUUUACACGUAGUUUACGCUCUAAAUUGUUUACUGUUAAUUCAAUUUCAACUCAUACUAAGGCCUGCUUAAAUGAUCCAGCCACUGCCAUAGGUUAACAUAGAAAGGUUAAAUUUAACAUAGUUGAAAUCAUUGAUCUCUAGAAUUUCUACUCGUGAGUUCUAAAAGAUGAAACGUUUAAAUUGUGCGUACUCUUAUGACCUCGUAUACAUAAAUAUCAAAUUAUUGCUAAAAGGCCUUCUUUAAUAGAAAACGCAUGAAAACAGUUUUUUAAGUCUGGGCCCGUAUUCUAGAACAUUCAUCAAACUUAAAUUUAGCUUCAAGAGCUGUCAAACCAUUUUUUUUUUUAUGAAGUCUAUGCGUUCAAGACGAGAUUGUUACUUGAGAUACGUUUUAGAAUAUGGACCCUAGUCUGUUGAAUUUGUAUCAACAAGACAGCGUUAACUAACUUAAAAGCUAAAAAUCUAUAUAAAAAAUCCUUUGAUAGUACAGAUUGUCAAUCGACGAGCCAUAGGAAUUGCAAUUUGUAUGUCUGAUAUAGCAUACAGUAGUGCAAUCAGCCUGAUUAAAGAUUUAAGUUCAAAACUUCUCCUUUUUAAAAAUAAAAUGAAUGAAUAAUUAAUUUCUUUUGCAGUUAAUUCUUUAGUUUAAUUCUAUUUCACCACAUUUUAUUUUCUAAAAUUUUUCAAAAAUAUCAGGACAAUGGAUUUCUUCAAGAAGGGCCUAUUUAGUCCAUCGUAGUUUUGUACAUAUCCGUGCAUUGAUUUAGGUUAUUAAAGUAAUUUGUAAUGAUGGCUGGAUGUAUAUAUUAGGUAAUUUCUUUCACGGUUAUUCAUCUUUUGAUCCGAAUUAUUUGUUAAGUAGUACCUAUACAUCUUAUAUGACUGAGAAUCGAGUUCAAUUAUGUAAAUAAUUAGUGUUUUGUUACAAUGCGGUUGGCAUAGGAUUAAUCCUCGUAUAUUCCAUAAGGAUUUAGUUAUAACAAUGAUAUUUACAUAGAUUCAACAUCGAAAUAACUGCUAAUGUAGGUUUUGGGAUAUUCUGUUCUAAAUUCUUGUUUAAAUACUCCGCACUUAAUAUUAAAUUGUAAUAAUGGAAUCGAUCACAUUAAAUUUAUUUAACAAAAUCCGUUCCAAAACGUUUCCUUCGUGUGCCAAUUUAACAGUAUUGGCGGUAACUGAUUAACUACCUAUGUAUAGCCUUUUAUAUCCAAAUGUAUGUUAAUGAUAUUGUUUUACUAAAUUAAAAUAAGCAUUGUUUAUAUGUAAGCUAUGAUAAGUAAAACUUGAGCGAUUACUUAUUAGGAUUGAUCCUUAAAGCGACAAAUCUCUGAAAGCCUAAUCAGAGUAACGGAUGACUAUUGAUGGGUGCGUGUACGUGGAGGCGUAUACGUACUACGAGCGUACGUAUAAGUCAGGUAAGGUGUACAUUGAAUAAUCUUUGGCAAAAGAAAUUGUAUGGCUUGACACUUGAAUUCUCUAGCCUCAAGUUGUGGACAACUGCGAAAACAUUAAAACUAAUGUUGUUUCGACUUCUUGCAAUGGACGGUCAUUUGCAUUUUAUAAAUGACCUUAUGCAAAUUUAUCACCACGUUUUGGAACAAUUCGAUGUUAUUGACAUUCACUAGUUUGUGCGAUUGAAAGAAAUGGUAAAUGUUUAGGCAUUUUUGUCAUGUAAAUAUUAAUGCAAAUGACCGUUUUGGAUGAAGAUUUCCUGAUCAAUUGGUAAUAAUACUUGUUCAACAAAUUUUAUUAGUCCAAAUUGGAUUUAGUGGGAUAAAUGGUUAUUGUAAUGUGACUUCAAGUGUUUAAAUAUUACGGUCAAUAUAUCUCUAAUGAGAUUCUUUGCACGGUGAGUUUUACUAACAAACUACACGUCGAAUGUGACAGCUACAGAAAUAUAGCUGAAAAAAUUAACUUGGAUCGUUCAGACGUCCGAACGUCUCAAGAUUCGGACUAGGUUUGAACACUAUCAAAUGUCGAGAAACUAUGAUUUGACAGAUGUCAAAUGUAGUUUAAAAUUCGAGUGCGUUCGAAAUGCGGAUGUAAUUUCGCGUUCAUAUGGGAACGCUUGUAUGCGAGACAUGAAAGCUUUUUAAAAUGUCCGCUAACUAAUUAAAGACUAAACUUAACUGUAUAUAAUAAUGAUAAGAUAGUUAAGCCAAAACACUGUUUUUUAUAAUCCUAGGUAAUUUUAAUAACUGUUGUAGUGAUAAAGUCAUUAUUUGACAUAUUUUUAUUGCAUAUUCAUUUCUGUAGCCGAUCUUUGUGUGAAGCAUAAUAAUAUCUUAAACUUGUCUUAUGUAUUUCAAAUAAAAUAUUUUCAGAUAUCCUAUAUAAAAACCUAUCGAAGUAGAUGUUAAGCAUAAUAGAAGCUUCAUAAACUAUGUAUUUCUUUGGUUGAUGUUGCUUUUCAAAGUCGAUUUCUUUUUGAUUUUCAUCUUAGAAUUAAUGUGCUAAGCUUUGAUGUGAAUUUUGAUAGGGAUAAAGCAUUUCUUAAUAGUUUUCAUAAUGAUAAAUUAUAGGCCCGAGAGGUACGGUUGCAUUUUGUUAAGGGGUUGUCAGCUUAGCAUAUUAUUAUGCUUUCGAUAUUAAAAUCUAUUAUUAUGCUUGCAUUGUUUUCAACGUCCAGUAUGUAUUGAUUCCUUUAGCACAAUAAAGUGGAUAAAAGAA